AUGAGCUCAACAGCCUGUGUCAUCGAGGCCAACCCCGAUGUAACUGGAGUCGGAAUCCGUAUAUCGAUCUAUGCCCUCUGCCUAGGCGGGUCGAUUGUUAGCUAUUUGCUCCGCGUAUUUUCCCCAGGCGAAGACCAAGAAGAGUUCUCGCGAGGCGUCUCCUCUGUCCUUGGCAUGCAAGGCCUAGCCCUCCUCUGCACAGCAAUCUACCAGACAGUUCGGGGCGAUCUAACACUCUUCCACGCGAUAUGUGUUGUGCACCUUCUCGCCAUGCUUGGCAUGGACAUGGUGAGCAAAGGCCGAUAUGCAGGACUCGGCCCAUGGCGGCUGUAUUUCUUUUCUGCACUCCAGAUCCUGGCUUUGGCGGCUUUUCUCGCUUUAAACGUCUAUGUCUGGGUGACAGCGCCGCAAUUUGGCAGCCAGCCUCAGUGCAAUAAAGACACUGUAUAUGUUGUCUUUGGCGUCAGCAUCAAGGCCACUUCUCCUGUAUUCCGGUAUAUCAUUCUCGCGACGUUGGGUGUGGUUGUGGCUUGUUAUGCUCUUGCUUUCACGUGUAUGUUACCGUGUCUGUGUGGGUUUUAUGCGUAUCGAAGACGGCAUCCCGGAACUGGAAAUAGGAUUGAGGUCCAGAAGAGAGGUUGGAUGAAUUGGUUUGUGGAGGUUAAUCAUCCUGUUUAUCAGGAUCGUCAGGAGCCACCUGAGAGAUUGCAUGGCCAGGCGCUGCUCAACUUUACACUGAACAAGAUCGCGUAUUGUUCGUUCUGCAUAUACUUGAUUGUUUCGCUGGAACAGACUAUCCAGCGCAAUAACCUCGACCCCGAAGAGAAAGGAUGGACAUUUGGACAGGUUAUUGCGAUUUUCUUGUUGUUGGGUGUCGCCAACGAGCUACUUAAUGUUUUUCUUGCGAGUUGGGAUAGGAAGCAGAGUGAAAGUGCUCAGCAGUUGGUGCAGUUCAGGCCGGGCACUGGGAACUCAGUGCGUUCCUCAUCUACUUGA